ACCAUGGAGGCAGUGACAGCAUGAUAGCCUAUCUUGACUAGAUUUUUCGAGUAGCUAGUUUAUUAGGCCUUAUAUGACCAGCUUUAGCUAAAUGGUCUGUAAUUAAUGUAUUACUAUUACAUUAUUACCGAUUUGGAUAUUACCGAUCAGAAGAAGAUACAACGUGUUCCUACUACCGAUAACCAGCCGUAGAAAUGCCUCGCAUUGAGAAUGACAUCAAGUUGGACUUCAAGGAUGUGCUUCUCCGUCCAAAACGAAGCACACUCAAGUCCCGUAGUGAGGUUGACCUGAUGAGAAGUUACACCUUCAGGAACUCCAAGGGAAGCUACAGAGGAAUCCCCAUAGUUGCAGCCAACAUGGACACCGUCGGCACCUUCGAGAUGGCCCUGGCGUUAUCCAAGUUCACUCUCUUCACUGCCAUUCACAAACACUAUUCAGUAGAUGACUGGAAGGAGUUUGCAACAAAGAAUCAAGAAUGUGUACAGAGUGUGGCAGUCAGCACAGGGACAAGCGAAGGGGACUUUGACAGACUGGGUGAGAUCCUAGCCGCUGUGCCUCAGCUGCAGUACAUCUGUGUGGAUGUGGCCAAUGGCUACUCAGAGCACUUUGUCCACUUUGUCAAAGAUGUGCGUCAGAAGUACCCGACACACACCAUCAUGGCAGGGAAUGUGGUUACCGGGGAGAUGGUGGAGGAGCUGAUCCUCGCCGGCGCUGACAUCAUCAAAGUGGGCAUCGGACCAGGGUCUGUGUGCACCACCCGUAUGAAGACUGGGGUGGGCUAUCCCCAGCUGAGCGCUGUGAUCGAGUGUGCAGACGCUGCCCACGGCCUGGGCGGACACAUCAUCUCUGAUGGUGGAUGCACUUGCCCAGGUGACGUCUCCAAGGCUUUUGGCGCGGGGGCGGACUUUGUGAUGCUGGGCGGAAUGCUGGCCGGCCACUCAGAGAGCGGGGGCGAGGUCAUCGAGAAGAACGGGAAGAAGUACAAGCUGUUCUACGGCAUGAGCUCCGAUACGGCCAUGAAGAGACACGCCGGGGGCGUGGCCGAGUACAGGGCUUCUGAGGGGAAGACGGUGGAGGUGGUCUACAAGGGCCCCGUGGACGUAACCAUACGCGACGUCCUGGGUGGGGUCCGCUCCACCUGCACCUACGUGGGCGCAGGGAAGCUCAAGGAGCUCAGCCGCAGGACCACCUUCAUCAGGGUCACCCAGCAGCUCAACACCGUCUUUGGGAACGAUAACUAGGCGAGGUCCAGGCUGGUUCCUGGGCGUAACAGGGUCGGGGGGGGGGGGUGGUGGUGUGUUUUGUUUGCUGCCUGCCCCUGUCACGUGGAUGCUAUUACACAUUCUGCACACACACACACACACACACACACACAAUACUGUAACCAUUGAUAGUAAGAAUCAGUCAUUUGAGAAACGUAAACCUUGGAUAAGUGUUUGGUUGCCAAAUCAAAACCUUUUUAGGUGACACUAUCAAAACAAUCCCUUAUCUAAGAGUCUUAUUUAAGUUUUGAUAUUUUAGACAUAUUUGGCUUUUUUUCCUGUAAAUUACCAGAAAUUGACAUGUCUUUGUUAAUAAGUGACCCGAGGAUUGUUGUGGUACUUCAGGAUGCAUUUUUGUGUCAUCUUGCUCAAUCAUUCCCAUUCAGCUCUGCAGGCCUUGUGUACAGGCUUCUUCUCUCUGUCCAUUAUUAUCUACCAAGUCCUAGAAUCUCUCUCUCUCUUUACCUCUUUCUCUCUCUCUCUCAAUCCUCUCUUUCUCCUAACACUUCUAUGCACCGCCAUGCUAUAUGAAAGCCAUAUGCAAAAAAUAGAUGUAUAGUAUUUCACUGUAUGAAGUAUUUACUAUAUCAAGAGUACAGAUCAAGUUUAUCCCAAAAACAUAGUUUUUAUUAUUUUAGAUAUAUUCAGUAGAUGAAAAUAUUCCUUAUAAUUAGCAAUAUUGAAGAUUUUUAUGUUAAGAUAUUUCUGGUUAUUUAACUUAAUACUUUUCAAACUCACUUAAAUAAAUAUAUUUUGACCUUGAA